CACAGAAUGAGCUCAUGAAUGGCCAAUGGGGAUCAUUCUGCCCCGCGGGCGGUGGUCAAUUGCGUGAUUUGGAGGAGGAACAGCGACGAGACGGUCAUUCGCCGAACAUCUAUCGAGGGGAAGAUCUGGAGGGGGUCGAGAAGCUGAAGGGCUGACUGGUCACUGAGGGUACCUCUUAGGCGGUUACCUCUAUAGUAGUAGUAGACUGGAGUCUGGGACCCGGAAAAGGUACAUCCCUUCACCUUGGUACUUCCCCGCCGCCAAAACUAUUUCAAGGUCUCCUUUCCCCCCCUCUCCAUUCUCCAUCUUCUCUCGUCCCUGCUCAUCAUCCUUACCAUCUAAUCACACUCUCUUCCUUACUUGGAUACCUCCCUUUACUCUUUCACAAUGGCUCAGGAACGUGCUGCUCCCAUCCGUCUCGGCUCUACUGCCCCCAACUUCGACGCUGACACCUCCAACGGCCCCAUCUCCUUCCACGAUUACAUUGGCAACAGCUGGACCAUCCUUUUCUCUCACCCCGAUGACUUCACCCCCAUCUGCACCACUGAGCUGGGCGCUUUCGCCAAGCUUGAGCCCGAGUUCACUGCUCGUGGAGUUAAGCUGAUCGGUCUGAGCGCCAACGGCACCGACUCCCACAAGCUCUGGAUCAAGGAUAUCGAUGAGGUUACCGGCUCCAAGCUGACCUUCCCCAUCAUUGCCGACCCCGAGCGCAAGGUCGCCUAUGCCUAUGACAUGGUUGACUACCAGGACACCACCAACGUUGACUCCAAGGGUCUCGCUCUCACCAUCCGCUCUGUCUUCAUCAUUGACCCCAACAAGAAGAUCCGUCUGAUCAUGUCCUACCCUGCUUCUACCGGCCGUAACACCGCUGAGGUUCUCCGUGUUGUCGAUGCUCUUCAGACCACUGACAAGCACGGUGUCACCACCCCCAUUAACUGGCUCCCCGGCGAUGAUGUUGUCAUCCCCCCUCCUGUCUCCACCGAGGAUGCUCAGAAGAAGUUCGGUGAAAUCCGCCAGGUCAAGCCUUACCUGCGUUUCACCAACCUCAACAAGAAGGAGUAAAUUAUGACGCAGUCUUCCACUCAACCACUUCGUGCUAGCUGUUCCCAGGAGGAAUAACCAGUUGUGACGUGGACAUGAUUGGGAUUGUUUUCAUGAAAAAGAGUAUGACAGUCACGGCUUAGCAUCUCUAAUAAUAUGAUACCUCUUAUGAUACCAGUUGGACUCUUCGAACCCAGCGUAGACAGUUCUAAGGAAUUAGUGCAAUCAUCGACCACCUGUAAAGAGUCUUGUGGUUUGUGUACCCCUUGCAGGAAGUAUGAGCAGAGUGAUU